AUGAGUAACGUUUCCUCUGUCACAGCAGGUUCUGCUCUUCUAUCAGAACAAAAUGUUUUUCCAGUUAUUGUAAACACUAGCUACAAAACCAUGGGUAGCAUCCAUUUCCUUCCCGUGGACAUUCUCUUAAAAAUAUGCAGAAGAUCACAGGAGUCUACCAAUCACGAAAGUGCAAAUUCACCUAAAGAUCGCCCCGUUGACUUAACUAUGCCUUCCGAAUACAUUAAAUUGCAGUUGCUUACAACACUUGAACCAAUUUUGCGUUGCCUAUUGGCCCAGGUCGUAGCCAAAGAUGUUCUUCUAAAACCUCAUUCUUCUUUUAAUGCCCUCGACUACCUAACGCUUGAACUAUACCGAAAUAACCCUUCAAAGCCGGAGCGUAUUGAUACUGUGAAGAGCCUAGAAGACAUUAAUUGGGUCGCUGAAUACUGGAAGUCGCAUCCUCGAAAACCACUUCCACUCAGUUGGCACUUGACUCGUUCAGAGGCCGCUACCAUCAUUCAAAAGUACUGGCGAGGAUAUUCGGUGAGAAAACAGGAUGAAGUUCAAGACCUUCGAAGGUGGCAACGGGAGUGGAGAUUGCAGAAAAAUUAUGAGAAUCCAUAA